CUAUAUAUAUAUAUAUAUAUUAAUAUUAAUUUCUUCUUAUAAUGAUCUCACGAGUGCGCGCUAAGAUAUAUGUCACAUGGGCUAUCAAUAAUCUUUACACACUCUCCCACAACAGACACAUGCACACUUGAAUACAUAUAUGUGCCAAAACUCAAUUCUGUAAUCGCAGCCAAAAAUUUUGAUAAAAUUAUGAAGAUGAAAUUUGUAGGGCAAUGCAGCAGUCUGCUCAUACUCGGCCUCGCUCUCUAUCUAAUCAGCAUUUCAUGCACCAACAAACGCCUCCUUUUCCCCGCUUCCGAUUUCUUCUAUCCACUGCUCAAACCCACACAGUUUCCCGAAACACCACUACCCGUAAACACCUCGGAAACAAAUCUCAGCCACCUCGUCUUCGGGCUGCUCGGCUCCGAGAAGGGGUGGCGCCACCGCAGGGCCUACAUAGAGUCGUGGUGGCGGCCUAACGCCACACGAGGCGUUCUCUUCCUGGACAAAGCCCCAUCGGCGGAGCUCCUGCCGUGGCCGGCGGGUCUGCCGCCAUACAAGGUGUCGGAUGACCUGAGCGGAAUAUUGAAGAAAUCGGACAUCCGGGCGCAGAGGAUGGUGCAUGGGAUCAUGGAGGCGGUGAGGGAGAUGGGCGAUGAAGAGUUCCGGUGGCUGGUGAUGGGAGACGACGAUUCCAUAUUUUACGUGGAUAACAUAGCGGACGUGGUGGCGACGUACGACCACACCAAGUAUUUCUACCUCGGCGGGCAGUCGGAGUUCAUCAUGUCGAGUUAUUGGUUCUCGUUCAACCAGGCAUUUGGUGGAGCAGGGAUCAUCUUGAGUGCACCUCUGGCUAUAGCUUUGGCUGCGGAUAUGGAGAAUUGUUUGAAGAGAUAUGCGUUCUUGAAUUCUGCUGAUAAUACAACCAAGAAUUGCAUUGCUGAUAUCGGAGCGAAUCUAUCACCCCAAAUGGGGAAUCACCAGAUUGAUUUACGUGGUGAUAUAUCGGGUCUGCUAUCAUCCCACCCACUUUCCCCGUUACUCUCCCUCCACCACUUGGAUGUCGUGGAUCCGAUCUUCCCGUUCAGGGACCGUUUUGAGUCCGCACGCCACCUUAUGACAGCGGCGGCAGUCGAACAGUCCAGGAUGUUGCAGCAAAUUAUUUGUCAUGACAAGGAAAGCAAUUGGAGCAUCUCCAUCGCUUGGGGCUAUUCCGCACAAAUAUACGAAACAAUAUUCCCGCGUAGCUACUUGCAGAUGCCCCUCGAGACAUUCAAACCGUGGAUGAAGACUUCGGGUCCCCCGCCAUAUUAUCGGUUCAACACUCGACCGCGCUCAAACGACCCUUGUGAAGCCCCCCAUAGUUUCUUUCUCGAGGUGGUGGAGAAAGCAGAGGAGCGUCGUGAAAUCAUCACCACGUAUGCUCGAGCGUGGCCUCGGCCUCUGCCGCCGUGUUCCUCAACUGGCGCUCAUUCAGCAGAUGGUAUCAACAUGAUUCAAGUAUAUUCACCGGCCUCUAAGCGGAAUCAGAUGGAUAGAUGUGAGUGUUGUGACAUCAUCGGAAAGGACAAUCUUAUGGCCGAAGUCAGACUUAGGGAAUGCAUGGCUGAUGAAAUAAUUGCUUAAAGAAUUGUUUCAGAAAAUAUAUUUGGAGCUUGCCUUACAUAAUUUUUUGGUAUGUAUGCUGUAGUGGUUGUUUGUAUAUGAAAAAUGAGAAAUGAGAAAUGAGAAAUUAAUGCAUGAUUUUAGGACAA